GCUAAAGUACCGUCAAAAUGCCACCGAAGACUAGUGGAAAGGCCGCCAAGAAGUCGGGCAAGGCUCAGAAGAACAUCACGAAGGGCGACAAGAAAAAGAAGAAGCCACGUCGCAAGGAGAGCUACGCCAUCUACAUCUACAAGGUCUUGAAGCAAGUCCACCCGGACACCGGAAUCUCCUCCAAAGCCAUGAGCAUCAUGAACAGCUUUGUGAACGAUAUUUUCGAACGCAUUGCUGCUGAAGCUUCUCGUCUGGCUCACUACAACAAACGUUCUACGAUCACCUCUCGCGAGGUUCAGACCUCUGUCCGUCUGUUGUUGCCAGGAGAAUUGGCCAAACACGCCGUCUCUGAGGGAACCAAGGCUGUUACCAAAUAUACCAGCUCCAAGUAAAAGUUUCAGACAAUCUUAUGCAAAACGGCCCUUUUCAGGGCCAACAA